AUUCGUUUACUAGACCCAUAGCCCAGUGCCCGAACAUUCAUAAUGAACCCAGCCUUCACUAAUCUCGCUGUCAUGCUUGUCAUGAUGCAAGUGUCCCGUAAGUUGGACCUUGAAAACCCAGACAUUCUUUUCUACGUUAGAGUAGCCUACUUGUCAUGUCAAGCUAUUGCCCUUCUUGUCUACUUGUACACUAAGGCUAAGAUCAACUCCAAGAAUGACUUGACAACCAUGAAGUACGUUGAACCAGCUAACCCAAUGUCUGGUGAAACCGAAUCCAAGGUUGUUGUCACCACCGUUAAGGAAUACGAUCUUAAGCAAGUUGACUCGUUGAUCAAGUCUGUCUUCACUUCUUUGGCUAUGAUGGGUUUCAUGCACGUUUACAUGAAGUACACCAACCCAUUGGUUAUGCAAUCUGUUUCCUCUGUCAAGUCUGCUCUUGAAGCCAACAUUGUCAAGAUCCACCUCUUUGGUACCCCAGCCUCUGGUGACUUGAAGAGACCUUUCAAGGCUGCUCCAGGUUUCUUGCAAGCCUUGACUGGUGCUCCAGAAGUCAAGUCUGACAAGGCUGCUGUCGAAUCUGCUGAAAUUUCCGGUGCCGGUGGUAUCAAGGAAGAAUAGAUGUGUUUCAUUUCAUUUCUAUAAAUAUUUGUAAUUAAUAAAGACCACUUCCAAA